UGAGUGAAUACAGUACAGUACAGUACAGAACAGAGCAGCAGUACAGUAGAGAAGAGAUCUAAAAGCAGCUGUCGGUGAAAGACAGAGGGAACAGAAGAGAAAAGCUAUAGCGUAAGCUUUGAUGGGGGCAAGCUCAAGCUCAACCACACCACUUCCUCUCCUCUUCUUGGCCAGACUCACUGGCCUUUUGGUUGCAGCGUUGGUCUCCUUUUGGGCUUUAGCUUUCAACUCCAGCUUUCUUCCUCAUUCCGCUACUGCCUCCCAGGAGUACUUCGUCUACUCCGUUCUUCAUCCUUUGUGUAUGGUCAUUGGCUUCAUUCUCAUUAGUGGAGAAGCUAUAUUGGUCCAUAGAUGGUUGCCUGGCUCAACGAGUUUGAAGAAAUCAGUGCAUUUGUUUCUUCAAGGAGUGGCCUUGGCUUCUGGGAUUUUUGGUAUUUGGACAAAGUUUCGUGGGGAGAAUGGGAUUGUGGGUAAUUUCUACAGUCUCCAUUCUUGGAUGGGUUUGCUUUCCAUGUCCUUGUUUGGUGCUCAGUGGAUAACGGGUUUUGUAAGCUUUUGGCACAUAGGAGAGGUGAGGAGAGUGAGGAUGAAGGUGUUGCCAUGGCACGUCUUUGUUGGUCUCUACACGUAUGGCCUGGCCGUGGCGACGGCCGAAACAGGGCUUUUAGAGAAGCUGACAUUCUUACAAACCAAGAGGAACUUGUCUAAGCGAUGUACGGAGUCCAUGGUUGUCAAUGGCUUGGGACUUGGCUUGGUGCUGCUAGGCGGCAUAGUAAUAUUGGCUGCGGUGUCUCCCAAGUACCACCACCGCCAGGCCCUUAAAACCAAACCUGUCUACUCAUCAUCUGAUAGAGAUACAAAACACCUCUCUUCUAUAUGAAUUUUUAUCGAAAAUCCAUUAUUUUGUUGAUUAUGUUUCUUCAUAUUGUGUAUAUAUGUAUUGAGAAAAUGCUGAGGUUUAUUUUUUAAAUUAUUUGUUUUUGCUUUUUAGUAUUGAAUGGAGAAUUUAAGUGUCAAUCCGACAUGAAGUAA